AUGUCUUCUAGUGGUUCUACAAAUUCGAUAUACGACUUCUCUGCCAAAGAUAUUAAUGGUAUUGAAGUUCCUCUAGAAAAAUACCGUGGUCAUGUAUGCCUCAUAGUCAACGUUGCUUGUCUGCGUAUUUUAGCCUUCCCAUGUAAUCAAUUCGGUAGUCAGGAACCAUGGCCUGAAGCUGAAAUUAAAAAGUUUGUAACUGAAAAGUAUGGUGUUGAGUUUGAUAUGUUUUCAAAAAUCAAUGUGAACGGGCCUAAUGCUCAUCCCCUCUUUAAAUUCUUAAAAAAUAGACUUGAAGGUACACUUACGAGUUCUAUUAAAUGGAACUUCACGAAAUUUUUAGUAGAUCGUGAGGGUCAACCAGUUAAACGAUAUUCUCCUACAACUGCUCCACUUGAUAUCCAAGGAGAUAUUUUGGAGCUGUUGGAAAAGAAGUAA